AUGGCCUCAGAGGACACCGUCAACCCUGAAGCUCUUGUCGAACUUGGCAUCCGGCUCAUUCAGGCUGCAAAGAACGCCCCGCUCUCCACUAUCUCCGCCCUUCUCGAACAAGGUGCUCCUGCCUGGUAUCAAGACGAAAACCUCGGCUGGUCUCCCUUGCACUAUGCUGCCGAGAGGAGAGAGCCCAAGGCCUUGGAUGUGCUUCUGAAAGGCGGCGCUGUUUGGAAUGCAGUAGACAAGUGGGGCAGGACUGCCGGGGAGAUUUGCCUGUCUCUAGGCGAUGAAGAGGGCUGGUUGCUCAUUCGCAAUGAGGGCAUUAGAAGUGAAAUGCUCCAUCAUGCACUCGCGGGCGCCUCUGCCGGCCUCAACAACAUCAUUUUGCGUGCGGAGGACUCGACGUCAGCCGGUGACAACCUCGUCUUCUUGAAGAGCCAGCUUACAUGGGAUGUCGGGAAAGAUGGCAAAGAAAGGGUUUUGGAUGCUGAUGGUAACGGAGUGAUGAUGGGAUGGGAGGAACCUUUGAUGGUUGAGCAUGUUCGCUAUCUGACGGAAGGCCACCCUAAGAUGCAGUUGGGUGAAGAGGGGGAAGGCAUGUCCAUCCUCAACGUCGGUUUUGGACUCGGUAUCGUUGACCGACUCUUCCAAACCUGUGACCCCAAGCCAUCUCAUCAUACUAUCAUUGAGGCUCACCCCCAGGUCCUGGAGUACAUCCGCCAGAAGGGCAUCCACCUUUUGCCUAAUGUCCGCAUUCUCGAGGGAAGAUGGCAAGACUGGUUGCUAGAUGGCGAUAAGAUUGGAGAGGUGCUUUCCGGGACUCCCAAUGGCAUGGGCUUCGAUGCCAUCUUUGUGGACACGUUUGCCGAGGGCUACGAGGUUUCAGAUUUGAAGGCCUUUUUCGAAGUGAUUCCGGAUAUCUUGGAUGCUGAGAAUGGCAGGUUCUCAUUCUGGAACGGUCUCGGGGCUACCAACCCUACGAUCUACGCUGUGGCCUCGAGUCUUGCCGAGCUUCACCUGGAGGAUGUUGGACUCAAUGUAGAAUGGCACGAUGUCGCUAUUCCGGAAAGCAUGAGGGAGGAGGUGUGGAAGGACGUGAGAAGAAGAUAUUGGGAUUUGCCGGGAUAUAGACUUCCCAUUGGCAAGAUGAGCCUCUUCUGA